AUGCCGUUGUCUUCCCUCUGUAGCCCUGGUCCUUCCUAUCGUAUUGUUGCUUCCUCAAGUAUUCAAACAGACGCUCCAGACGAUUAUGAUUCCUACGAGAUAAAUGAGCUGGAAGAUGCCACUAGAAAGACGUAUCACUGUGCAGCACGUAAUUCCAUCAGAAAUGAAACUAAUCUUGAUCGAAGGGUCAUUGAAGUCCUAGACGACAAUGGGAUCCCAUCUCUCCAAGCCAAGAGGCUUCAUUAUCAGGUCCGCAGUGUUAGACAAAAAAUGUGUCAAUCUGGAUUUAAUCCAUUCCAAUUCGAUAGAAAAGGCGGGUCUGUUCAUAGACGAUUCAAAAAUACAAUAAGACUGAUGAUUUAUAAUACACCUGGCAUGUUCCCUGGAUUGAGGCUAAUCCGGAGUGAUCUUGACCGAAAGAGAAAACGUGAACCGCAAAAUUGGUUCCGAUUUGAACUUACUAACAGUCAAAUCACCGCUGAUUUUGAUUAUGAUAAUUAUUUUGUCACUAUUUACGGUGAUUUUGGGAAAGUUCAUGCGUACUCUAAACUUCUUGUUACUUUGAAGAUGCACAAGAGGUUGAAUAACUUUAAUGACAGCAUCAGUAGUAAAAUAAAUUUAGAUCUCGGGAUCAUGGAAGUAAUUUUAUCAAACUUUGGGACAACAAUAAUAAAAGAUAAAUCCUUGACAAGUGUUAUGGUCAAAGCGCUGAAUGGCAUCCGUACAGAAUUAAGUUCCGAUGGAGAUAUUCAGAUUGAGUUUGAAGACAGUGCCAAAGAAGCGCUAGAUCAAAUAAAUCCUUUGCUUUAUUCUGUUGUCUGGUUACAGUCGAUGGCGGAAAAGUAUGAAGUCGUAAAGGUUAGAGACAAAUCUAAAUCACCUGCCGAGAAAAUGAAGAAAUCUAAUUGA